AUGGGAAAAGUUGAAGCGGCGGAGCAAGAUCUGACGGCGGCGGGUGGCGAUCAAAACCCUAGCGGUUUCGAUCCGAUUGUUGACAAAGAUAUGUGGCUUGAUAUGGACGACGCCUCCAUAUUCUGCGACGAUUUCCCUUCCCUGCCGGAUUUCCCUUGCAUGUCGUCCUCUUCAUCGUCUUCCUCCACUCAGCCUGCGUUGAAGCCGAUCGCGGUCACCUCCUCGUCUUCCUCGGCAACAUCGGCCGUUUCGUGGGCGGUGAUGAGGUCCGAUGCGGAGGAGGACAGUGCCGGAAGGAUGAGCUUCCAGCAGUUUCAGGACGAGGUCAAAAUGGACGCCGGGGCCGCCGCCGGAGCGGCGUUAUCCUCCACCGCCUCCGACGCUGACAUGAUGGAGAGCUUCGGGUACAUGGAUCUGAUCGACUGCAACGAGCUUUGGGACCCCUCGUCUGUUUUCCAGAGCGAAAACCCUCAGGAAUUGGUGGAAGAGCAGGCGGCGGCGCCGGCGGCUUCGGAGGUGGAGGAUGAGAAUGGCGGUUUGAGCUUCCUGCAAGGGGACGCGGAGUUGGCGAUGAUAUUCUUAGAAUGGCUGAAACAGAACAAGGAUUACAUAUCUGCUGAGGAUAUGAGAAGCAUCAAGCUGAAGCGCUCCACCAUUGAAAGCGCUUCGAAGAAAUUGGGAACUACUAGUGAAGGCAAGAAGCAGCUUCUCAGACUCAUCCUCGACUGGGUCGAGCAGCACCGCCUUCAGAAGAAGGCCAAAGGCGCUGCCUCUGCCGCUUUCCCCUUCCAUGAAACUGCCCAAUUCGCUGAUCCGAUCAAUCCAAACCCUAAUUUCAUUUACAAUCCUGAUCCAAACGCGCCUCAGUGGAUGCAGCCGCAGCAGCUGCCGCAGCAGGAGGUGGUUUUGCAGCCGUCUUUUGCGCAGCCGAUGCCGAUGAAUCACGGUGGAGUUGUGAACGGCAUUCCGUUGCAGCAUUCAGCGGAGUAUCCGACGAUGGAGCACCCUCCGUCGUGGGCGAUGCCGCCGCCGUUCCAGCAGCCGCCUCCGCAGCAGCAGUUCAGUCCUUUUCCGGAUAAUGGUGGAAGCGUUGUCAACCGGCAGCAGAGUUUGUACGGCAAUCCUUAUCAAAUGUGUGAUCCGAAUGGGGAUAGGGUGAUGAGACUCGGGUCUUCUGCGACGAAGGAGGCGAGGAAGAAGAGAAUGGCCCGACAGCGGAAGCUGUAUCCGCACCCUCACCGUCACUCUAGCAGCUCGAAUCAGCAGCGAGACGGCCAGCUGAACGAUUCUCGUGUGGAUGAUGGCGGCGAUCAUGAUGGUUCUCCGGGGGAUUGGGGGUACUGGGCCCCUGGUGAAGGCGGCGAUCCCUCUCCUACGGCUGUGCAGCAUCCUAAUUCUGCGGAUCAAGCCGCUGUGCUGCAGCAGAACGGCCAACGGCCGUCUGCUGCUCCUGCUUCUGAUCGGAGGCCACAACAGGGUUGGAAGACUGAGAAGAACUUGAAGUUUUUGCUGCAGAAAGUGUUGAAGCAAAGUGAUGUUGGUAACUUGGGAAGAAUUGUGCUACCAAAAAAAGAGGCUGAAAGCCAUCUCCCAGAACUGGAGACAAGAGAUGGGAUUUCCAUUACCAUGGAAGACAUUGGAACCUCUCGUGUUUGGAAUAUGCGUUACAGGUUUUGGCCUAACAACAAAAGCAGAAUGUACCUUCUGGAGAAUACUGGGGAUUUUGUGAGGGCCAAUGGACUUCAGGAAGGAGAUUUCAUUGUCAUCUAUUCAGACACCAAAUGUGGGAAAUAUAUGAUUCGAGGAGUGAAAGUGCGACAGCCGGGUGGCAAAUCUGAGGGCAAGAAGCCGGCAAGGAGAACCGUACGAAGCCUAUCAUCACUCGGUGGCAACAGCUCCUCCCCGCUUGCUCCGAUUAGACAGGCUAUAAGAUGA